AUGUCACUGUUUUCCAACCUGCGCACUGCCGUUAUCGCGGUUGCUGCCGUUCUCAACAUCGGCAGCAAAGACGUCUGUUAUGAAGGUCUCGGCUGCUUUAGUAACGAGACGCCGUUCAAUAACGCCGCCGGAAGUCUGCCGCAGUCGCCUGAAGAAGUCGGGGUGGUGUUCAUGCUCUACACGCGCAACAGCCGGUUGAGUCCCCAGAUACUCUCUACGGAGCCCGCGCUCAUCCGGGCCUCGUACUUCAGCGGUCACCGGAAGUCCGUGCUCAUCGUGCACGGGUUCAGGGAUGACGGCCGAGAGGACUGGCUGGUCGACAUGAAGGACGCUCUUCUGCAGAUGGAAGACCUGAACGUCAUAAUUGUGGACUGGGAGAAAGGUGCAGGCGCUCUCGAGUACAACCAGGCGGUGGCAAACUGUCGAGUGGUAGGAGCCAUGACUGCGCGACUACUGCAGGCCCUCAACGAACAGCGCAAGGCCCGCUACUCCGACAUGCACAUCAUAGGCCAUAGUCUUGGCGCUCAUGUGGCGGGAUAUGUGGGCGAGAGAAUAGCCUCCCUUGGUCGAAUUACUGGGUUGGACCCAGCAGGACUUGCAUUCGAAGGGAAGCCAGACAACGUGCGUUUGGACCCCUCCGAUGCAGACUUUGUUGACGUCAUACACACUGAUGGUCAACCAGUAACGUCGUUAGGUUUUGGUUCCUCAAAGCCGAUGGGUGAUGCUGAUUUCUACCCGAACGGCGGAAAAGAUCAACCGGGAUGCAAAUCGGCUGAAAAACACUUAAUUAAGCUGAUUACAGGAAAAUUCAAAAGUUUCCAGAAAGGGGUGGGAUGUGACCAUACCAGGGCCAGGGACUACUUUAUCGAGUCCAUCUACAACAGGUGCAAUUUUUCCGCCAGCAAAUGCCCGGAUUUCGAUGCCUUCAUACGCGGCGACUGCCCCUGUUUCCUGAAGUACUGCGCUCGGAUGGGUUACUACGCGAAUCCCGACCAUACCGGCUCUUUCUACCUUGUGACAAACGGCACGGCGCCUUUCUGUGUCCAAUAGAUUAUAAUAGAUUCGCUUUGAGAAAACUGAGCUUAAUGCAUGUGCAUAAACUGGCGUCCCAUAUUAACCUGUGCAGUCAGCAAUAAAUGGUGUUUUGUCAUUAAAGAAACUCUCUUCUAAGCAAACAGUCUAGUUAAGGGGGGAAGUGUCUUCCCUUAUUAGUCUUCAAAGGCUAUUCUGGUAGUACACUUUACGCACAUGCAUUAAACCCCGUUUUCCCAAAACGAGGCUCUUAUAAUUUGUACGUCCGAUGCGUCGCUUCCUCUGUAUGACAGGCGUUGGGAGAUUUUGAAAAAGUUUUGGAAAAAAUAAUUUUCGAAAAAGAAAAACAGUGUUAUAUUAUUCGCGGGACAUUAAUUUUCGUUGAUUUUAUGUGUUAAGGAUAGUGUUCUAAUUUGUUACAAUUAUUUUUAUUUUAUCGAAAGGUUGCUAGGUAUUUGUAUUUUGUAGGUGUAAGUACCUUUUAUUUCUAAAGAAUAUUAUAUUUGAUGUUUUUGUUUUGAGGCAUUAUUUCUGAUACAUAUAUCGCAAUGACGUUUUGACAAGCCUGUGUUUCUAUGAGUAAACUAUCCUUCAUCCGAUAUUAUAAACUACCUUAUUGAAGCUAUGUUGAAGGAGCAACUUGGGCCCGUAUUCACCAAUAUAUCCUUCAAUUUAAAAAUAAUAAAUGCACAGACUUAAG